CUCGCUGGACUGGGAGCGCGUUCGUUGCAAGGCGUCUCAAAUAGUCCAACACUUGGCUUAUAAGGCUCCAGAGUUGAGAAACGUGGCCCUAUUGCCGGCCGGCCGAUGAUGCCGCACGAUGUGCUUCCCAUCGGAUUCAGGUCCCGUCAGAGGCGUCACGUCAAGGAACAAGACCUGCCAGCACCUAAAACUCUGGCCAAGAUCUAUCUUAGGACCAAAAAGGGGCUGCGUUCGUCGACUCGCAGUCGCAAGUUAAAUAGUGGAUUGACAGACAAGACAAGGAAGUGGUUUGUAGAUCUUAUUGAUGAAAGUUUGCAAGCUGGUCUGGAAGUUCAAUCAAGUGGGAAGGAAGGUGUUCCUGGUCUUACAACCUCGUACACCAUGCCGAAUACCUCAACAGAUCUUACUAAAAACUCUGGGUCUGGAACCUCUUCAUUGACAAAUUCAGGUGCUCCAGGUUUGCAGACUAUGUCCACAUUGACAGUUCCUGCUAAAAUAUCCGGUGCUCCUGUUGCUGCAGUCUCACAGACUGUUAAUUUGACAAGCCAUGCUGAAAACUCUGGGAUCUCGGCAGUGAAAAAUGCAGGCACAAGUAAGGUUGUGAGUUCGAAAAUCUCCAACCUCAGAAAGCAUCAAAGGACAGAAGAAGCAACUUUCGAGCAAGGUCCUCAUCCAAAAAUGCAACGGACACGUGGGGGGGCUUUUGGUGAAGCAUGUCUGGCGUCAGUGACUAAGGCUGGAGCUGGCUCGCGCGCUGGUACUGUCCUGGAACUGGAAGGUCCCAAGCAAGAAGUUGAGCACGCCUAGCUUCUGGACUUGUGAUUCAAGAGACGGUUUUCUGAUGAAACAAGAUGCUGUUGGAACAAAAGGAAAAAUAAAUAAAGCUGGUGCUGCUUGUACUGCA